AUGCAAUUCUUCCCCAUCUCCACCUUCUCAAACGCCAAUGUUUCCUUUGUUGGCCCCAAAUCGACAGGUAUAACCCCAGUCAAGCCCCAAAAGUUCAACUCUGCAUUCAAGUCCUUUGAAUCUUGCAAGGCCAGCAACGAAGGCCUUCCCAAUUUUGAUUUUGUGCCCGCAUUCAAACCUCCCAGUAGCCAGCCUCAGUUCACUGAGCCCAAAAGCCAGCGCAAGCGAGCCAACUACUAA